GAAAAAUAAUCAAUGGAUUGACCAACUUUAUCGAAAUUAGCUUUGCUUCUCUCUUUUAUUUUGCAAAUUAUUCGAGGUUUUGAAUCUAAUCGUUUAGAUUUUGAAGCCUUAAUGUUCGUAUCCAUUCACUUGCAAGAAGAUUGAAAUAUGAGAUAAUGUAUUUUCCUGUAGUUAGAUAAUAUUAAUAGAUUUACUUAUCAGGAUAAUCGGCGUAUUUUAGCCGUGCGCCAAAUCCAUUGAUCUCUCCUCUUUCUCUGCUCAGCACGGUCCUCUUCCCUGCAUCGUUUUGAUCCGAUUCGAUGGCUGCUCCACCUGCUAGGGGUAGAGCCGAUUACGAUUACCUCAUCAAGCUCCUCCUAAUCGGUGAUAGCGGUGUGGGUAAGAGUUGUUUGCUGUUAAGGUUCUCUGAUGGCUCCUUCACCACUAGCUUCAUCACCACCAUUGGCAUUGAUUUUAAGAUACGAACUAUUGAGCUUGAUACCAAACGCAUCAAGCUCCAGAUUUGGGAUACUGCUGGUCAAGAACGUUUUCGAACCAUCACCACUGCUUAUUACCGAGGGGCAAUGGGCAUUUUGCUGGUCUAUGAUGUCACAGACGAGUCAUCCUUUAACAGUAAUUUUUGCUUCUCUCUAAGCAUUAACAUCUUUGAUUUUUACAUUUUUGCUCUGUUCUGGACCUGUUUUCUUGACCUUAUUGCAGAUAUUAGGAACUGGAUUCGUAAUAUCGAACAGCACGCUUCGGAUAAUGUCAACAAGAUCUUGGUAGGGAACAAAGCCGAUAUGGAUGAGAGCAAGAGGGCUGUUCCAACAUCAAAGGGUCAAGCGCUGGCUGAUGAAUAUGGAAUCAAGUUCUUUGAAACAAGUGCCAAAACAAAUCUAAAUGUGGAAGAGGUUUUCUUCUCGAUAGCAAAGGACAUUAAGCAGAGACUCACAGAUACUGACUCGAGAGCAGAGCAUGCGACGAUUAGGAUAAGCCAAACAGACCAGGCUGCUGGAGCCGGACAAGCCACGCAGAAGUCUGCAUGCUGUGGAACUUAAAAGUUACUAAAGUCGAGAAGUUGAAAUGGAACAAACCAGAUUUGUCUAGGGUGCUUGUGUAAUUUUUUUCUUCUAUUGAUGAUUGUUCUUAAUUUGCGUUUUUAGCUUGUUCAUGAGGGUAAUAGAAUCUUUAAAACAAUCAUAUGUCGCUGUAGCUGAUUCUGUGGCUAAAUUGUACCAUUCAAUUCAAAAGGAACGCUCUUCUUUGCCAUA